AUGGAACAGGCCGAUUUGUCCUAUGAGGAAGUCGAGAAGCGGCGUCCCAGCCGCCUGGGAGAGAUCCUUCCCGGCCAUCCCAAGCCGGAGGAGUACAGCAUGCUUGGCUGGGCAACCCGCUGCGUCCCGUCGAUGCGUGUUGGCAGAGUCAUGCUGGCCUCGGACGUCACUCACCUGUGCAAUCCCCUGGAUGGGCUGGGGGUGGCGGGUGGGUUCGUCGACGCAGGCAGCCUUGCCGACUGUCUGGUGGGUAUCUACAGGGGUGUGGCGGACGAAUCCAUCCUCGACUUGUACAGUGAGCAAAGAAAGGAGAAGUGGUACAAGAUAGCGGACGUGGUCACCACGGAAAAUUUCAUCAAGACCACCUGCAGGUGUUCUCCUGAGAAGUUGAUGCAAAGACCAGAGUGGCCGAAGAGUGACGAGGCGCGGAAGGAGUUUCUCCUGCAGCGGUUAAACCUUUGUUAUGAUUUCACUCAGCAUUACAACAGGACAUUGGAAGCUGUCGCAUAA